UUGUGCAAUAUAGUGUAAGCGCGGAAGGUGUAAAAUCACAAGAAAUUUAAGCUUUUUGUGUGUUGCCAAGUGUUUUGCCAAGCAAGCAGAUAACAUAUUACAAAUAUUUUUUCCACAUUGGUUUACUUACCUUCAAGAAUAAUGGCUACGGGGGCGCUUCGUGGAGUUUUUUCGCCAUUCGACUCUGGUGUUUAUAUUGCUAGUAACGCCGAUUAUGUAAAAAUAAACGAAAAUGCUUUGGACAAGUUAAGUGAGGAGAUACUGUCUUCUAUCAAUGAUGGUAAAUUAGAAAUCCCAGACACAGGAGCCAACAUAACAUACCCAAGCAAGGAUGAUCCCAGUGCUAUUGACUGGAUUUUUGUAGCCGACGCUCUUAAUUUCUGCUUCUGGUCAUAUACUGAUGCUGAGAAGUGGACGGUCGAUGGACAUAGUGGAUAUUAUGCACUGGAAGCAGCUCUGAGCAGAGCUUUGAAGGAAGGCUACAAAAUCACAAAACCAGAAUAUUAUUCCACAAUAUCUGCAGACACUCUUCAAAAAAUUAUGAGAAGUGACAACAAUACUGCGAUACCAUUAUUUCAAGAAAGAUUGAAUGUUUUACAUGAAGUCGGCAAAGUUUUGAUAGAUAAAUAUGAUGGAACUUUCAAAACAUGUUUGGAAAAAGCAAACAAAUCUGCAUUAAAAUUACUUGAAAUUGUUAUUGAGAAUUUCCUAUGUUUCCGAGAUGAAGGUGUAUUUAAAGGCAAAAAUGUGUCUUACUACAAACGGGCGCAGAUUUUGAUCGGUGACAUAUGGAAUUUCUAUGGGGGCCAAGGUUUGGGAGAAUUCACGGAUAUUGACAAAGUAACAAUCUUUGCUGAUUAUAGGUUACCUCAAGUGCUGAUGUAUUUUGGGGUGUUUACUUAUAAGGACGAAUUAAUGGAUAAAUUGAAGAAUGACGUCCUCCUCCCACACGGAUCACAAGAGGAACAGGAGAUUCGAGGAUGUACAAUUUACGCUGUAGAACUCCUCAAGAAGAGAAUAGAAGAGAAGAUACUAUCCAACAAGAUAAAUGUAGAGAUACCAAACUCUUGUCUCAUAGACUAUUAUCUAUGGUGUUAUAGAAGGAAGCAUGCGGAAGAAUUAAAAAGCAUACCAUUUCAUAAAACGUUAUCUAUUUAUUAUUGAGUUAUAAGAGUUAUGUACAACGCCAUCUAGGUUGCGUGCAAUAGUUUUUUUUUAUAUUUAAUAAUCUUUUUAUAUGUGAGCCUGUUUAAUAUGUAUAUCAAUUUUGUAUUUUUUUUUUUCCAAUUAAUUAUGAUUAUGUAGUGAAUAUUAUUAUUGUACUGUUAAGAAAGAGACUUACCAGUGAAACGUAUCUAAUGCAUAUUUGUUGAUAUAUUUUCAUGAUAAGGUGCUUACAAAUGAAACCAAUAUUUUUGUAUCCUUUUUAUUGUUAAGAUAAUGUUUAUUGACAAUACAUUAUACCUUAAGAUUUCGUAGCUAUUUUUAUUAUAUCACAUAAUUUUACAAUCAUCUAAGGGAGGGAAUCUUCUAUUGCACAUCUUAAAACCAAUUUUUACACCUAAUUAAUAUAUUAUGGACACAACCAGUAAAAAUAUACCCAGUAUGUUAUUUACAACUUUGGCAUUUACUAAAAUAAAUUAGUACAGAGUUACUUAUCAGCCAUAAGAGUAAUUUAGUCUUUAAUCAAGUUUUUUGAUAUAGUAGUAAAUUCACUAUAAUUAAAAAACCGAGAGUGAGUUAUUUUUUUUUAAAUAAUAAGUUCUGUCUCUUGCGCAUAGAAAGCAAACCUAUUUAGAUCUAAAAAAUUCAAUUAUAGCAAAAACUUUAGACAGUGAAUACAAUCGAUUGGUGUACCUACUGAUAAGAUGUUGUUAUAGGUAUUAAGCUUUUUUCCGUUCAUUCCCUUUAUUUCAUUUGAUUUAAAUAGUGAUAAGUAACUCUAUACAAAAUGAAGAUGACACGAUGGCACUAAAUAUUUACAACGUAUCCUAAUUAAAUAAUUAUAUAUACAUCGUCCACAAAAUGAGCUAGAUAUAAACUAGAUAUAUAGACACAUUUAAUGUGUCUUAACUAUAUAUAUGUUUACCAAGUAAACAUAUAUUAGUUUGGUUACUAACAAUUAUACAUACAUAGUAUAUAUUUGAAUUGAACGCAUUACAUGGGAUUACCUUACAACGCCUCAUUUCUGAGUAAAGAACUAUAUCACCAUAUAAUUUAAAAGGUAGGCGUUAAAUAUUAUUGCAAAAUGAUUUUUCCUUUAAAAUUUCCUAUUAGUUUUGAAGGACAGAGUAACAUAAAUAUCAAUAUAAGAUAUUUUCUAUUAAAAUUUCUGUUGCCAGAGUAUUGUUACAUGGAUUAGUAUCGUAAGAUCAAAUAUUUUUUCAUAUACGCUAGUUUUUUAAUUAAAAUUUGAAGUUGUGGCUCGAUUCAGUUCUAUACUUUUAUACCAAUUAUCUCAAAUUACACGAAUUAAUUUCCACUUAU